AUGAAAGAGCUAGCUCGACAACAUGUCUGGUGGACUAAUAUUGACAAAGACAUCGCACAAUUAACUGAAAAUUGUGAUGUGUGCAAAAUUGCAAAUCCUGUUCACGCACGUGAAUACGUAAGCUGGCCUGAAGCUGAUCGACCUUGGGAGAGAGUACAUAUCGACUUUGCUGGUCCAUUUUGUAAUUCAAUGUGGCUAAUUUGUGUCGACGCUUUCUCGCAAUUUCCGUUCGUUGUACAACUAUUUACAACAACAACGGUUGACACCAUAUCAGCAUUGUCUUCUAUAUUUUCUCUGGAAGGUAUACCAGAAACCAUCGUAAGUGACAAUGGUCCGCAAUUUACAGCUGAAGCAUUCAAACAUUUUUGCUCAAAACUUGGCAUCAAACAUAUAACAACAGCGCCGUUUCAUCCAGCCUCAAACGGGUUAGCCGAACGAUUCGUCAGAUCUUUUAAAACUGCUGUUAAGAAAAACAUUGACGAUGGAUUGUCUCUCAAAUUCGCUGUAUCAAAAUACCUUGCAACAUAUCGUGCAAUGCCGAAUGCUGAGGGUAAAUCACCUCCAGAACUUUUACAUGGAAGGCCUGUUCGUACCUUGUUGAGUCAACUGUUUGAAUCGCCUAGGAAGCACCUUGAAGCUUCGAAACGGAAAAUGAAAUUCAGUCUAAAGCAACCCGUCUUCGCUAGAAACUACGCAAGAGGGGAAAAAUGGAUAAAAGGAGUUAUUGUGAAACAACUUGGUAAAAUGGUUUACCGAGUGAACACAUCUUUUGGUUACAUCAAACGUCACGUUAAUCAGCUUAAAACUAGAAGUAGCUCUGACCUCUCUUCACAACCAAUUUUUGAAUUCGCUCCAAAUUUCAUCAAUGCCACACCGCCUUCAUCUAGCCAAUCAACAUUAAUGCCUAGUGAAGAACGUUCUAUCGAAGUAAUUCAACUUCGAAAAAGUGGUCGUAUUCGGAAGGAUGUAAAUCGAUUUGAAUCUGACGAUUUCAGGAAAACUUAA